AGCCUGUUUGCAGAACCUUUGUCCAUACACAGUAAUUCCGUGCAAGUCCUUAAGGCCCUGUGGGAGAAGACGCAGCUCAAGGGGACACACAGUUUUGAAACUGCCAUGAUCCAGUCCACAUUUCCACACCAAAAGGACUUGGACCACGUGCAGAUGCACCUGGAAGAAGUGAGGUUCUUCGAUUUAUUCGGCUACAGCGAGGAAGCGGGAGCCUGGCAGUGCUUCAUGUGCAAUAACCCUGAAAAGGCAACGGUUGUAAAUCAGGACGGCCAACCUCUGAUGGAAGGCAAGCUUAAAGAGAAGCAAGUCCGGUGGAAGUUUAUCAAGAGGUGGAAAACUCGCUACUUCACUCUGGCUGGCAACCAGCUGCUUUUUCGGAAAGGAAAAUCCAAAGAUGACCCCGACGACUGCCCCAUCGAGCUCAGCAAGGUGCAGAGCGUUAAGGUGGUGGCAAAGAAGCGCAGGGACCGCAGCCUGCCCCGGGCCUUCGAGAUCUUCACCGACAGCAAGACCUAUGUCUUCAAAGCCAAAGACGAGAAGAACGCUGAGGAGUGGCUUCAGUGCAUCAACGUCGCCGUUGCACAGGCCAGGGAGCGGGAGAGCCAAGAGGCCACCACCUACUUGUAG